CAAGUAGGUUGUUUCCAACAACUGUCAAUGGAAAAAAAGCACCUAAGCGGGCUCGCCCCAACUGAAAUUCAGUAACAAACCUCCAGUUGAGGCAAACGGAUCAUUUCAGGAAUAAGCAACACUAAAAAUUCAUUAUGAAUAAUCUACCGAAGAACUACACACGCCAGGAGCUCCUGGACUUUAUUCGGGAGAACGCCAUCAAUGUGCAGAAGGAGCACACUCUGUUGCACACCAACCAGGAGACAAUUGACCUUAACCUGGCCAAGAACAACUUGGCCCGAAUCGAACAGCUUCGCGAGCAGCUGCAAGAGACCAAGAACGCUCUUCUCGAUAUCAUCUUCUCGAUGAAAUUGUCUCCGGCUGCUGUUGAGGAGGAACUGGACGUUGCCGAACAAGUCUGUGAUAUCCUCGUCGAUGUAACCAAGACUCCCUUGAAUAUUCCCUACAUAGGGACUGGAAAUGCUCAGGAUGUCACCAGUCUCGAUCCGGAGGGACUAGAGGAUUCUGAUGGCGAGAUUAAGGAGCAAGAAGACAACUACUAUCCUUAGGAACACUCCCGAAAUAUCAACACUACACAUAAUCAUCAUCGGAUAAUCAGAAGGGCCUAAUCAAGAAAUCAAGAAACACUUAAUAGCCAAGAGAUCGAUUAAGAUUCUCGAGGCUUUUGUACACUUGCGAAAUUGAAUUGGAUCUAGCAAGAGUUCUCUCAUAUAACGCACACUUGAAGUUCACACUAUAAUUGCAGAUACACCUGGAUCUACACACCUGGAUCCCUAUUAUCCAACAGGGAUCCAUCGAUUACAAAUGCAUUUUAUCGGAUAGAAUGCUGGCGAACAUCUUUUAGGACACUGAUUUACACGUUUUACAUUGGCGAUAAUUGCGAUAAUAAUUCUACAAUAAACACACGAGAUGGUA